CUGAGCAGAUCCCACUAAAGAGACAGUGAGAGGAGUGUAAACCUUUGAGAAGAACGACAGACCUCCUAUUGUGUCACUCGGUCUAAAGAUUUCCUAUCACCAGGCCUUGAAUUCAGCAAAGGCUAAAAGGAGGAGGUAGACCCAUUUACCGGCCCGCCAAUCACAGCUUUGCAUCCCACUGGUGACGAGGAAAGAGGGGACGGUCUUUGAGCUUUGCAGCGGAGAACCACGGGGCCAAACGAACAGAGGGAGCACGAGAGAGAGGGCUAAAGCCUGCGAUACACAAUAAUCCCUCCACAGUGAUCAUGUGUCAGCGGAGCCUAAAGCAGCAGCAGAAGGGGCCGGUGCGGAGUGCUGCGGGGAAAUGGUGAGAUGCUGCAGGUCUUUGCACAGCUCUCCUUCUUGCUACAAUCUCCACAGGGUCAGGGUUGAUGUGCGGCGUUUCCGCCAACUGGGCUCCUCGGCAGGAGCAACAGGGGAGCCCGCAAACGGCGCCCACAACGCCAGCACGGGAGGCCCUGGAGCCCCGGGGGGCCCAUCUCAGCUCAGCCACCGGAGCCGAUUCAGGUUGCAGUUCCCCCAGCUGGCCCUACGGCGGCGUCUAGGCCAGCUGAGCUGCAUGUCCCGGCCUACUGCUCGCCUUCGCUCAUGGCCUCUGUCCUUCCUCUACUACAUCUUGCCCUUCGGAGCCCUCAAACCUCUCGCCAAAGUAGGCUGGAGGCCCACAAGCAGAGUUACAAUCUACAAGACCAUACCCACACGACUGCUGUCCAGAGCCUGGGGUCGCUUGAACCGGGUGGACUUGCCCAAUUGGUUGAGGAAACCUAUCUACAAUUUGUAUAUCUGGACAUUUGGAGUCAACAUGAAAGAAGCGGCUGUGGAGGAUCUACAGCACUAUAGAAACCUGGGCGAGUUUUUUAGGCGCAAACUCAAGCCUCAGGUGCGGCCAGUGUGCGACUCGCAUUGUGUGAUCAGUCCAGCUGAUGGAAAGAUCCUUCAUUUCGGUCGUGUGAAGAACUGUGAGGUGGAGCAGGUAAAAGGAGUGACCUACUCUCUGGAAACCUUCCUCGGCCCACGCACUUGGUCUGAGAGUUUAACAGCUAACAGAAAUGAGGAUGACCCUGGAACAUUCCAGGACGCCCUGGUCACUAAAGAGGGCAAUGAAUUGUUUCACUGUGUGAUUUAUCUGGCUCCGGGCGAUUACCACUGCUUCCACUCGCCUACAGACUGGAGGGUUGCACACAGACGCCACUUCCCAGGUGCUCUGAUGUCAGUGAACCCAGGAGUCGCGCGCUGGAUCAAGGAACUUUUUUGCCAUAAUGAGCGGGUGGUCUUGAGUGGGGAGUGGACGCAUGGCUUCUUCUCACUCACCGCUGUAGGAGCGACAAAUGUGGGAUCUAUACGCAUCUAUUUUGACAAGGAGCUUCGCACCAACAACCCCCGUUAUAACAAAGGCACCUACAAUGACUUCAGCUAUGUAACAAACAACAAUCAAGAAGGCAUAAGCAUGAGAAAGGGAGAGCACUUGGGCGAGUUUAACUUGGGCUCCACUAUAGUACUGUUAUUCGAAGCUCCACGGGAUUUUACUUUUAACUUGCAAGCGGGCCAGAAGAUCCGUUUCGGAGAAGCUCUCGGGACAAUGUAACACCGACAAGAGAACGGAAUCUAACGGUGGACACGCUGCAUGCUAAUGCAUUCAGGAUCUCAAAAACUAAUACACUCAUAUUUGCAGAGAAUGUACUCUGUUUGAACUGAGAUACAUGUGUGUUCAUAUGUACUCACACAAACACCACUGUUGCAUUAUUGCCAUUGGGUUGUUCUGUUAGGGGGUUUGAUGUAAAAUGUUUAAGGUGAAACUUAGACCUCGGAAUGCCAUCCAUUUUGUUUUUGUUUGUUUGUUUUUUGGGCUCUAAAUUAUUUUUAUAUUUUAUUUUAGUAAAACGGUUUCGUUUCGUUUUUCUGUGUUCGCCCAUUUUGCCUUGGCUGGAGUCAACCGUGUCGCAGGGUUUGAAGAGUUCAAGAUUUCCGCAGCUAACUUUGCAAGCAUGGGAAUGUAUGAAAGACGAUCACUGUUUGGUUCCUUCAUAUUCACCAAACGCUUAUCUUAUUAACCAUUCUCUCCGUCCAACUUUUGAUCUAUAUAAAGGUGCAAGCCAUUUUGACAGUAAAUUUGUGGCCACUUUACACUCUGAGGAAGAGCUUCGGAAAAGACAGGCAACAUAUAUCACUGCCGUUGUUCUCUGGCGUAUCUAUGCCUUUGCUUGUUGGUCUAGCGAUUAGUUGGGGUGAUUAAUGUUAACUAUUAUGCUGUCUCAACUUGAUUAGUGCCAAAAAUCAAGAUAUAUUUUUACUAACUCACUUUUGUUUUUGGCCCUUUUGAUAUGAAUCAGUGUUGUUGUGAUCUUAUAGCUUACGUUUUACAUUCUUGGACUUUUCUUUGAUUAACCAGCACCUGGCAAGUUCAACAGACUCUACAUCCUGAGCUUGUGAAGACCCUUCAGACUCCCCUGAUCUGGACCACACGUAUGAAGAAAGGGGGAAUGACUCUGGAAAUGUUUUGAAUGUGUUAAAAACCAAACACUGGGCUUUUCUGUUGCACCAUGCCACACUCUUGUGGGAAUUCUUUUGAAGAAAAGUCUUAUUAAUUCAAUUUAUGUAACAUAGACAAUAAUUACUAGUACAGAGAGCAAGAAACAUGUCUAAUAAAUUUUGAAGUUUAUUUAAAA